CCUUAGGUGAAUCCGGGGUCCCAAGAGCGACGCCAUUCCUAUUCAGCCUAGUUGCCAACCCUUGUCGUGGCACUUCACCCCUUUUCACCAGUCUUGUUGAUUUUUCUUUCUUCUUUCCUUCCCAGUUCAAGUUGAUUCAUAGAAGUCACAACUACAGUAACCAUGAGGCUUUCUACCAUCUUGGCCAGUACGGCCGUGUUGGCCGGAUCGAUGGUAUCUGCUGAGCUGGAUCCCAUUGUGAUGAAGGGCCAGAAAUUCUUCUACAAGACCAGCGGGAAGGAGUUCUUUAUGCGCGGUAUUGCCUAUCAACAGGAAUGGGCUGGCAAGGGCAGCGACAGCGGCGGCAAAAAGUACAAGGAUAGCAUAGCCGAUGUUGAGGGUUGCAAGCGUGACAUACCCCUCCUGAAGGAACUUAAGACAAACACCAUCCGUGCCUAUCAAAUCGACCCCAAGGCGGACCACAAGGAGUGCAUGAAGAUGCUUGAUGAAGCCGGUAUCUAUGUGGUUGCUGACCUGUCGGAACCUGCCACUUCGAUCAACCGCAAGGACCCUAAGUGGAACGAUGAUCUCUAUGAGCGGUACACCGCUGUCAUUGAUGAAUUGGCACCCUAUUCCAAUGUUAUCGGAUUCUUUGCUGGAAAUGAGGUCACCAAUGACAAGAAAAACACCGAGGCCAGUGCCUUUGUCAAGGCGGCUGUUCGUGAUAUGAAGCAGUAUAUCAAGAGGAAAAACUACCGCAAGAUGGGCGUCGGUUAUGCCACCAAUGAUGAUGCCGAGAUCCGUGACAACCUUGUUGACUACUUCUACUGUGGUGAGGAGGAUGAGACAGUUGACUUCUGGGGUUACAACAUCUACUCAUGGUGUGGCGAUUCCUCGUUUGAAAAGUCUGGCUAUGAUGAUGUUGUUAAGCAGUUCACUGGUUUCUCUGUUCCUGUCUUCUUCGCUGAGUAUGGUUGCAACGAGGUCAAGCCCCGCCCCUUCACCGAAGUCAAGGCACUCUAUGGCGACAAGAUGACUCCUGCCAUCAGUGGUGGAAUUAUGUACAUGUACUUCCAGGAAGAUAACGAAUACGGCUUGGUUGAACUCGACGAUGGCAAGGCCAAGAAGCUAAAGGAUUUUGGGGCUUUCAAGAAACAGAUGGAGAAGGUAGACCCCAAGGGUACCACCCUCGAUGAAUACACCGCCAAGAACAUUGAGCUCCGUCAAUGCCCCAACAUCAGUGGGACCUGGAAAGCUCAUGAGAAGCUCCCCCCAACCCCGAACCGCGAGCUCUGCAAGUGCAUGGUCAAGAGCCUAUCCUGUAAAGCCAAGGACGACAUUGACCCGGAAGAUCUUGGUGACCUCUUCGGCUCAGUCUGUGGCAUGGACAAGGAAGCCUGCGCCGGGUUUGCCACCAACCCCAAGAAGGGGUCGUACGGAGCCUACAGCAUGUGUAACCCGACCGAGCAGCUUUCGCACGCGUACAACACCUACUACGAGCUGAACGGCAAGAAAGACACUGCCUGCGACUUCGAUGGAACUGCCGAACUUGACGACGCCGAGAAGCCUGAGGGUAAUUGCGCGAAGCUUAUCAAGGAGGCUGGUAAGGACGGCAGUGGCACCGUCAAUGCUGCCCCAACCGCAGGUGACGGUGAAGGCUCUGCUAGUGGUACGUCCGCUGCCAGCCCUCUAGCCAUUCCCAGCUUCAACUUUGGUAUCCUGUCGCUCUCCGCUUAUCUGGUCUGCGCUAUGACCGCUGGUGCUGGCAUGAUCUUCAUGUAAAUCGAAUUACCGGGUCUCCCAAUACCAACCUGGAGACAUUGAGCAUGGGAGGUGGACAUUCUGGCACUACAUGCCAUGCUGGGAUGGCGAUUACUUCAAAGCUUGUGACUAAGUUGUGAUAUGCCCCCUGGACCCUGGGAAAGCACUGGAUUGAUCAAGAUUGCCCUGUAUAUUACCGUUUUAAUAAUUGUUCAUAAUUUACCGUCCAAUUCGUGGAUGGAUUCUUUUCAAUAAAUACCUUCUAUCUUCUAGG